UUAUAAAAUAAAACAUUGUUUAUUUUAUAAUACAUUGACUUAUAAGAUAUUUGCAAAAUAUAUUUACUUAUUUCAAGUAAUUAAUAUAAGUAGUAUGUAUUAUUUUUUGUGUAUAGAGAAAAACGUAAAUAUCUUUACGCGGAGAUAUUUAUUUUAAUAUUAUAACAAAAUACAAAUGUCUUGAACUUAGUCACGUGCAUGUAUUAAAAAUUAAUCAAUUCUCUUUGACAAAAAGAGGCUAGUUUGAUUUGAAAACAUUUCCCCUUCUUCAGAAGAAAGGGAUGAUGUGAUUCGUCCAGCUGUGCGUAUUAAAUCGAUAAAUCCGGUUUACUAGACGUAUUUGCGGACGACAACCUAAAUUAACAGAAAUUUACAUUAUGCGUGAACGUACAUUGCAAUUUUCUGUCUCUAAUCCCAUAUUCAAUGUACCUUUAAAUUGUAAGUCGUAAAAUACGCUACGUAUAUUGUGUUUUUUUUUUUUAUUAUCCUACGAAAUGUCGGAUAUUCCGAACGAACAUGAUUGCUGUGCUGAAAGCCCACAACACGUUUCGCAACAACAAACUGAGAAGGCGCAACCAUGCUUUGAGAUGGAGAAUGGAUGUGGUGAUUGUGUCGACAAUGUCGAGAAACCUCCGUUUUAUUUACCUCAACCCGAGGAUGAAUACCCAUCGAAGCCCGAACACACAAUGGGAUCUCUUGGUCCAUGGGCUACGGGGAAAGUAACCUGCUCUCGCGAGGGCGGAAUAACAGGUUUGAGACCAGUCGCGGAUCGAUACUCCAUCACUCGCUACGGACCGAGUGAAUGGCGCGCGCAUAAUUUGAGUAUCUUUCAGCAAUCGAAUGAGAGAAUUUGCAAUGCCCAAGUCACGGCCAGCGGUGCGAAGCAAUGUGUGGACCAAGUGUACGCAGCAGCCGACAAGGUGCAAUUGAAAACGACGGAACAUUUAAAAACACGGGCUAAUGUAGUGUAUCGUUGGAAGGCGGAAUUAGAACACGCGAUCGCCACCAUCGCGGAGGAGAUGGAAUUGUUAGAGGCUGAGUGUCGUCGUGUACAACGAUCGUUAUCAACAUUGACCAUACCUGCGUCAAUCGCGAACGAUUUUUUGCAGCUACGCUCCUCUCGGUUGGACUCUGAUCUCAUUCGCGAUGAUGUCGAAGAGCAACUGGCGAAGGAAGUAGCGCUUAUUUCCGAGAUACGAGAUUUACUGAGCAGAACCCGCGAACAAAUUCAGACGCAGAUGAUCGAGUUGAGGGCCGCGAAGGCGCGGGCGGAGAACGAUUGGUCUGACAAAAUCCACGCUUAUGAUCUAGAUUCCGUAUGUGUGAAUUUGUCUAAUGAUUCUUCGCUUUUAUCGUGGAAUCCUGGAGCUACAAGGAUACCAGCCGAUCAAUCAACUCCCACAAACUACGAACACUUUACACAAGAAGUAUUAACCGCUUGCGAGAUUGCUAAACAAAAAUCAUUAAAAUUAAGGUCCAACUUGAACGACAUAUACACUAAUUCUAUUAAGGAUCUACGCGAUCAAGCGACUCGCGUUGAUAUUGCACUAUCAGAUAAUAUAAAACUCACACAAGAGUGUCUUCAACAACUAGAAAAGGAGUUACUUCGCUGCCUACACGAACUAGCAAAUACAGAAAAGCUAAUUGAGGAACUUCGGGAUUCAUCGAAAGGAUUAAACAAUGCAAUGAAAUUAGCACAGACGAGAUUAGAUAAUAGAUUAAAUCGGCGUAAUAUUGAAAGUUGUAGAGAUGUACCUCAAUAUGCCCUUAUUGAAGAAGUGAAGUCACUUGGCGAACAAACCUCUGCUAUACUGGCAGAAUUAAAACGUGCUGAAGAGUCUCAGGCAGAAUUAAUCAAAGCAAGAGGAAUACUUGAACAUGAAAUAAUAGUAAAACGUAAAACUUUGUACAUAGACAAGGAACGAGGUCAGCUAUUGCGUUCGUUUUUCCCUUCUGCUACAGACUUAUCUGGAUUUUAAUAAAUUAAAUAUAUGCAAAGUGUGUACUAACUAAGGAAAAUUAUUUUUAAAAAGUAUAUUAAUUGAAUCAAUCCUUUCCCUUCGUCUAUUUUAUUAUUUAUUAUCAUGUACCUUUUUCAAAUAAAGAAUAUAAUGACGUGUGGAUUAAUAUGUACAUAUAUAUAUUAAUAUUUAUGGAUUAUUUUACAUAUUCGAUAAGUAGCUCGAUUUUAAAAACCGUUUUGUACUCAAAGAAGAUAAUAAAGCCUACAGUGCAAAUA